AUGCACGAGGCUGCUGCUGCUGCAGCAGCUGCAGCAGCUGCCGCUGUGCCAGCCGCAACAAUAUCAGUAGCUGCAGCAGCAGCAACUGCAGCAGCAGCAGCCGCUGCUGCCCUUGUGCUUCCUCUUACAACACGAGCAGCCUUCAGUGGAGGUGCCGCAGCAGCUGUUGCGGCAGCUGCACCUGCAGCAGCUGUAGCGAUGACGGCAGGCCAAGUGCAGCUGCAGGCCUUUCGACCCGAAGGAACCCCUCAAUCCCUGCAGCAAUCUCACGUCUCGCAGCAGCAGCAGCUGCAGCAGCUGUUGCUGCUGCUGCCGUCGCAGCAGCAGCGAACGCUCAUGUAUGUAUCUCUUCGGGUGCUCCGCCAUCAACAGCAGCAGAAGCAGCAGCAGCAAAAACAGCAACAGCAAAAGCAGCAGCAGCAAACACAAAGAGUAGAAGAAGAAGCAGAAGCAGCUGCAGCAGCAACACGAACAGCAGCAGCAGCAGCAACAACAGAAGCAGCAGCAGCCCCAUAG